AUGAAUAAAAGAAUGUAUUUAAAACGGUUAAAGAUCUACAAAUACGUGAAUAUAUGUAUGAAACCAUCAUUAUCUAAUUUUAGAGGUGGUGGAACAGAUGAUGAACCAGGGUAUAGUAUUAAAAUGGUAGGUGAAUAGAGUUAUAAGAAGAUUUUCAUAAUCCUAAAAGUUCAAUUAGAUAUUGAAUAUAAAAUUGUAAACAGGAUUCAACAUUUAUAUAAUUGACGAAAUUGAUAAAUGA